AUGGACCGCUGGAAACAGGCCCUCGCCGCCGUCAAGUUUCAAUCCAUCGCCGACAGCAUGCGGCGUCCCGAAUACGGCGAAGACGGCCUCGAUCCCGGCUUCCACCCCAACGACGUCGGCGCCACCGACGACCUGCACCAAGCCGCUGCCACCGGCGACCGCACCAGCGACGACGGCCACGACCACGACGAGGAAAAGGCAAACGCCUCAACGCUCCGCGACGUGCAGGACCAAGAAGCCGCCGACAUUAUCCGCACCUUUGGCCUACACAGCAAGCAUGUCGACGGUCUGUCAACAGGCGCCACGACGCCCGAGGGCAGCAGCACGGCGGCCACCACCCCCGACGGCCUCGGCGGCGAGCCCGCUUCAGCACCCGUCAACGCCGGCCUCCUCUCGACGCUCCUCCGUCUCUCACAGCUCGAAAAGACGAGCAAGAACCUCAUCAACAAGGAAGUCUUCCUCAACAAAGAAUAUCUCGACGAGGACGCCGCCCGCGACCGCCGCACCAAGUGGUACGAGGACCCCAACAUGAAGAAAUCCAGCUCGUCCCUCCCCAAGCUCUCCUUCACCCCGGCCGCCGUCGAGCAGCGCCGUCUCAAGCGUCAGCGGAAAAAGGCCAAGAAGCUCACCGUGCACGUCGCCUCGAUCCUAGCCCGCCAGCGCUACAUCAUGCAGCUGUGCCGCGCCUUCAUGGCCUACGGCGCGCCCACCCACCGCCUCGAGCAGUACAUGGUCAUGACGGCCGGCAUCCUCGACGUCAGCGCCCAGUUCCUCUACAUGCCCGGCUGCAUGGUCAUGAGCUUCGACGACCGCGAGACGCACACCGCCCAGGUCAAGCUCGUGCGCGCCGUCCAGGGCAUGGACCUCAGCCGCCUGACGGAAGUGCACAACAUCUACAAGAGCGUCAUCCACGACAAGACGGGCGCCGACGAGGCCGCCGAGGAGCUCGACAAGAUUAUGAAGCGCAGUCCCCGCUACAACAAGCCCUUCAUCAUACUGCUCUACGGCCUGUCGUCGGCGUGCAUCGGCCCCUGGGCGUUUGGCGCGCGGCCGAUCGAUCUGCCCAUCAUCUUCUUCCUCGGCGCCUUUGUCGGCUUCAUGCAGCACGUCGUCGCGCCGCACUCGAUUCUCUUUGCCAACGUCUUUGAAGUCGCCAUGGCCAUCAUCACCUCGUUCAUCGCGCGUGGCAUCGGGUCCAUCCACGCGACCGGGCCGUUUGCGGACCUCACCGGGCGAAAAUACGUCUUUUGCUUCUCCGCCAUUGCGCAGUCGUCCAUCUGCAUGAUCCUGCCCGGCUUCUCCGUUCUCUGCAGCAGCCUCGAGCUGCAGUCGCACCAAAUCAUCGCCGGCUCCGUGCGCCUCGUCUACACCAUCCUCUACUCGCUGUUCCUCGGGUACGGCGUCACCAUUGGCACCACGGCCUACGGCCUCAUCGACAAGGGCGCCACCGGCGAGGGCUCCUGCGUCGGCGAGCCCCAGGAGCCCUACGGCAACAAGUACGUCCAGCACUUUCCAUUUGUCGCCGUGUACUGCAUCCUCGCCGGGCUCGUCAACCAGGCGCGCUUCCGGCAGACGCCCAUCAUGGCCGUCUUUGGCCUCAUCGGUUACCUGCCCAACUAUUUCCUGAGCGACCGCCUGGGGUCCUCUACGGGGCUUGCCAACACGGUCGGCGCGUUUGCGCUCGGGACAGCGGGGAAUUUGUAUAGUCGUCUCUGGCAUGGCCAUGCCGCGUCGGCUAUUAUCCCCGGCAUCUUUACCAUUGUGUCGUCGGGUCUCGCUGCGAGCGGCGCCAUCAUUUCUGGUCUGCAGUACUCGAAGCAGAUCCAAGACGGCACGAUUAAUGACGCCACAGUCGUCAAUUCCAACAAUUCGCUCACGGGCUUGGGUUACGGCAUGAUUGAGGUGGCGAUUGGUGUGUCGGUAGGGUUGUUUAUUUCAGCCGUCGUUGUGUAUCCGUAUGGAAAGCAGCGCAGCGGAUUGUUCAGCUUCUGA